CCCGUGUGUCAUCAGCCGGCGCCGACGCAGGAAGUGGCGACGCUACUGGCGCGCGCCGGGCGCUGUUUCUCCUCAGGCUCCGGGACCGGUGGCGGCGGUGGCGGCGGUGGCGGCGGCAGCAGCAGCGGUGCAGGGCGCCCUCACGCCAAUGGGGGAUGAGAAGGACUCCUGGAAGGUGAAGACGUUGGAUGAGAUCCUGCAGGAGAAGAAGCGGCGGAAGGAGCAGGAGGAGAAGGCGGAGAUCAAACGCCUGAAAAACUCCGAUGACCGCGAUUCCAAGCGCGAUUCCCUCGAGGAAGGGGAGCUGAGGGACCACCGCAUGGAGAUUACGAUCCGGAACUCCCCGUACAGACGAGAGGACUCCAUGGAAGACAGAGGCGAGGAGGAUGACUCUUUGGCUAUCAAACCUCCGCAGCAAGUGUCUCGGAAAGAAAAGGCUCAUCACAGGAAAGAUGAAAAGAGGAAAGAGAAACGUAGGCAUCGUAGCCAUUCAGCAGAAGGGGGGAAGCAUGCCAGAGCAAAGGAAAAGGAGCGAGAGCACGAGCGCCGGAAACGGCACCGAGAGGAACAGGACAAGGCUCGUCGGGAGUGGGAGAGGCAGAAGAGGAGGGAGAUGGCCCGGGAGCACUCCAGAAGGGAGAGGGACCGCCUGGAGCAGCUGGAGAGGAAGCGGGAGCGAGAGCGGAAGAUGCGGGAGCAGCAGAAGGAGCAGCGGGAGCAGAAGGAGCGCGAGCGGCGGGCCGAGGAGCGGCGCAAGGAGCGCGAGGCCCGCAGGGAAGUGUCCGCACAUCACCGCGCGAUGAGGGAGGACUACGGCGACAAGGUGAAAGCCGGCCACUGGAGCCGCAGCCCGCUGCGGCCGCCCCGAGAGAGGUUCGAGCUGACCGACGGCCGGAAGCCAGUGAAAGAAGAGAAGGCGGAGGAGCGAGACCUGCUGUCCGACCUGCAGGACGUCAGCGACAGCGAGAGGAAAACCAGCUCUGCCGAGUCCUCGUCAGCGGAGUCGGGCUCGGGUUCGGAGGAGGAGGAGGAGGAGGAGGAGGAAGAGGAGGAGGAGGAGGAGGAGGAGGGCAGCAGCAGCGAAGAGUCGGAGGAGGAGGAGGAGGAGGAGGAGGAGGAGACGGGCAGCAACUCCGAGGACGCGUCGGGACAGUCGGCCGAGGACGUGAGUGAGGACGAGAUGAGCGGGGACGGCGAGCGCAGCGAGAACCACGUCCUGGUCGUUCCAGAGUCCCGAUUUGACCGAGACUCCGGAGAAAGUGAGGAAGGGGAGGAAGAAGCCGGCGAGGGCACGCCGCAGAGCAGCGCCCUGACCGAAGGCGACUUUGUGCCCGACUCUCCCGCCUUGUCACCCAUUGAACUCAAACAGGAGCUGCCCAAGUACCUCCCUGCCCUGCAGGGUUGUCGCAGCGUAGAGGAGUUCCAGUGCCUGAACAGGAUCGAGGAAGGCACUUACGGGGUGGUGUACAGAGCAAAGGACAAGAAAACAGAUGAAAUUGUGGCUUUGAAGCGGCUGAAGAUGGAGAAGGAGAAAGAGGGCUUUCCGAUCACCUCUCUGAGGGAGAUCAACACCAUCCUGAAGGCGCAGCACCCCAACAUCGUCACGGUCCGGGAAAUCGUUGUGGGCAGCAACAUGGACAAGAUCUACAUCGUGAUGAACUACGUGGAACACGACCUCAAGAGUCUGAUGGAGACCAUGAAGCAGCCUUUCUUGCCAGGGGAGGUGAAGACCCUGAUGAUCCAGCUGCUGCGCGGCGUGAAGCACCUGCACGAUAACUGGAUCCUGCACCGGGACCUCAAGACCUCCAACCUGUUGCUCAGCCACGCAGGCAUCCUCAAGGUCGGGGACUUCGGGCUGGCAAGGGAAUAUGGGUCCCCUCUGAAGGCCUACACCCCUGUCGUGGUGACCCUGUGGUACCGUGCCCCGGAGCUGCUGCUUGGCGCCAAGGAGUACUCCACGGCUGUGGACAUGUGGUCGGUGGGCUGCAUCUUUGGGGAGCUGCUGACCCAGAAGCCACUUUUCCCUGGGAAGUCGGAAAUCGAUCAGAUCAACAAAGUGUUUAAGGACCUGGGUACCCCCAGUGAGAAGAUCUGGCCCGGCUACAAUGACCUCCCCGCAGUCAAGAAGAUGACCUUCACCGAGUAUCCCUACAACAACCUCCGCAAACGCUUUGGGGCGCUGCUGUCAGACCAGGGCUUUGACCUCAUGAACAAGUUCCUAACCUACUUCCCCGGGCGGAGAGUCAGUGCAGAGGACGGCCUCAAGCAUGAGUAUUUCCGAGAGACCCCUCUCCCCAUCGACCCCUCGAUGUUCCCCACGUGGCCCGCCAAGAGGCGACGACGACCUGAAGGAGACCGGCUUCCACCUCACGACCACCAGCCAGGGGGCCUCAGCCGCGGGCCCCGGCUUCAGCCUCAAGUUCUGAGGUCUGGCGCGGAGGCCACUCCAGCCCCGUGGGGGCCUCCCAGCAAGACGUGGCCGGGACCAGGGCGGGUGCCGGAGGCAGCACACGGGUCCAGACCCAGGCCCUGCUCUGCCUGGACGCAGCUGCCGCAGGCUGGCGCGGCCGCGGGGCUCCGCCUCGAGUCGCAGGCCGCCCGCCUCGUUUGCUUUUUCACGUUGUAUUUCAUCUCGGCUUGUAAAUUUGUAGAAUUAAACCACAUUUUCCUUGCUGGGGAAGGGAAGGCUGUAUUUUUUCGAAUGUGUCAGACUUGCCGUGCGGGGAGUGGAGGGGGCGACCAUCAGAGGCCAGUGCGGACGGCACACCCUCGACACACAGCGUCCCGCGCUCGCCGCCGGCGGACUGGCCUUGGUGUGGAGUGAGAUCGGGGCAGGACU